UCGGAGGAGCCAGGGCCCUGUUUGCCCUCAGGAAGGGGUCUCCUUGUGCUCCAGCUGCUGUUGCCCCUUUAAGCGCGCGACAGCCUGCCCCCUUUUGGGAAGGGGGGGUCUGGAAGGGACCAGGUGGGGUGUGGUAGCGGCAGGCAGAGCAAACAAAGGGAGACCGGCGCAGGGCGAGCCGGCUCGGGGGCACGGAUUAGGGAGCCCAUCAGCUGCUGUCAGGCUGCCACGCCCCCUCUGUCGGUCUGUCUCUGUUCGAAGUGCUGCAGGACCUGGGUGGAGAUCCGGAUUCCGACCUCCCCGGGCCGUUGGGAGUGUGGCUGGCCAGCAUCUGCACUCCUCCGCCUGAGAAGUCUUUCUCUGUCCCUCCAUCCACCCCGCCCCCCCCCCGGCUCCGCAGAGGGGGGUUCGGGGCCGGGAGCCCGCGGAACAAAGGGAGCAGGAAGAAACACCAGAUGGAAAAAUAGAAAGGAAAAAAGCGAGCUGGGAAGCGGAGGAGCGCGGAUGGCAGCGGGAGGCGCCUGCGCCGCAGGGGCAGGAGACUUGAGGAUGAGCUGCCCUGAGAUCCUGGGUUAGCCACGGGUGUUGAGCAGGGGCUUGGAAUGAUCCGCCCGGCCCUUUCCUAGCCCCCAGGGUGGGGGAGUGAGGCCAGCAUGAACCCCCCCGCCCUGAGCUGCUAAACAGCCUGGGUCUGCACUAGCCAGGGCGCUGCAGGCGCUGGCUGACAAGAGGGGCAAUCGGCCCGUUAGAAAGCUGCAGGGGACAGCCACAUUCCCGAGGGCAUACGGCCCCUGGCAGGGGCUGCUGGCAUCCAGGACAGUCCUAUUAGGGCAUAGUUAGCUCGGUUCUGGCUGUCCCCCAUAGACAUUGCUUGGGAGCCUAGUAAAGAGCCCUGUCCCCAACCCCAGAGAGUCAGGCUUUGGAAGGGGACAGAAAGGGAGAUUCCUGUAUAACCCAGAGUGGCCCAGACGCACGUCUGCCAUUGGCUGGGCUUAUCUCCCUAGAAGCUCUUUCUUUCCUUCCCCAUCUCCUGUCCACAAUGAACGGCCUCCAGCCACCCCAGGACUGCCUGGGGGGCAAUGUCUGCUCCAUCGAAGGUCUCCCCCCACUUCCCAAGGGCCUCAGCGGGAUCCUCAACUCCAGUGGCGGCUCGUGGCGUGAGAUUGAGAAAGUGUACAGCAAGAAGACACGGAUCCAGGACGACCUGAGCAAGUCACGGGCGGCCUCUGAGAAGCUGCUGAGGAGCAAACCGGCCAACCUGGACUCAGCGCUGGCCAUGCUGCGCAAGGAGAUGGUGGGCCUGCGCCAGCUGGACAUGUCCCUGCUGUGCCAGCUGUGGUCGCUGUACGAAUCGAUCCAGGAGUACAAGGGGCUGUUCCAGGACAUGUCAUCGUCCCUGCACUCCGAGGGCUCCUACACCGCUGAGAAUGGCUUCUCUGAUGAGGACGAUGAGUUUGAGGUGGAGCCGCCGGGUGCUGACGUGCGCAAGGAGACCCCACUGCUGGGCCGGCUCAGCUUGCCUCAGCCCCAGAACUCCCGUGACCAGUGGCUGCAGGACUCCUUCCACAUCACCAUCUGAAUCCUGCAGCCACCAUAGCCUCACCCCGUUUGGAGUAGUAGCAUGUGUAGCUGGGAGCUCCCUACAGCGCCCCCUGUUGGGAGAGGCCAGGGCUGGAGUAGCCUGGCUCUCCCCCUGCAGCCAGGGCUCCUGCCCCGCUCCCUAUAGUGCCCCAUGCUGGGAGAGGCCAGGGCUACAGUAUCUGGGAGCUCCCUCUACAGCCAGCAUGCCUGCCCUGCUCCCUAUAAUGCCCCAUGCUGGGAGAGGCCAGGGCUACAGUAUCUGGGAACUCCCUCUACAGCCAGCACAUCUGCCCCACUCCCUAUAGUGCCCCAUGUGGGGAGAGGCUGGAGCAGUGCAUUUUCUGGCAUUGCUGCGGGUAGGAUCAUGUUAGCAGUUUUUAGUGCCUCAGCCAUGAGCCAAAAAUGGCCACUUUUAAGAUAUUUAAAAAAAUAAAAUUUAAAAAAAUUUGACACAUAGGGGGAAAACCUCCUGAAGUGGGAGAGGUGAAAUGUAAUAUAUACAGCAUGUCGGGGCUCGAACCCCACCAGAGCUGUGAAAUAAAUCCUCAGAAAUUGA